CCAGUUUUAUAGGGCAAAACAGUCAUUAAGGGAAAAAGGGCAACCUCACUACUAGUGCAGCAGCAGCAGCGCGACCAGAGAGUCGAGAGAGAAGAGUAUAGAGAAACCAUAGCCAUAAAAUUGCCAUUAUGCCUUAAUCUUCAACCAAGCACCUUUCAGAAUCUAUACGUAAGCGCACAUACUCAACUCGCGGACUCUACCUUUAAUCGGUUUCAGUAAUUAUCAUCAUCAGCAACUUCUUCUUCAAAAACCCUAAAUAUGUCGGGUGGGUUUUUCAGGGGUACUUCUGCUGAUCAGGACACUCGGUUCUCCAACAAGCAAGCUAGGCUUUUGAAAUCGCAGAAGUUUGCUCCUGAAUUGGAACAUCUGGUGGAUAUGAGGAAAGUCAAGAUGGAUGUUAUUAGACCAUGGAUUGAUAAUCGGGUGACUGAGCUUCUUGGGUUUGAAGACGAAGUUCUUAUCAACUUUAUUUAUGGUCUCCUUGAAGCUAAGGAAGUGAAUGGGAAGGAGGUCCAAAUACAACUUACAGGAUUUAUGGAGAAAAACACUGUAAAGUUUAUGAAAGAGCUUUGGGCACUUCUUCUCAGUGCUCAGAAGAAUGAAAGUGGUGUUCCUCAGCAGUUCUUGGAUGCCAAAGAAGAGGAAACCCGCAAGAAGCAGGCAGAGGUGGAUAGGAUAACCAGUGAAAUUCAGAAGAAGAAAGAGAAAGAGAGUAAAGAACUUGAGUGGGAGAAAUUGAAGAAGAUGGACGGCGAAACAAAGGCUAGUAUUGCUGCUGUGGAACCAGACUCAAGGAAUUUGCUGAAGGCUUCAAGGGAUGAUCCUAAGGAUGAGAAAGAAACUAACAAUGGGAAUGGCAUGAGAGGAAGGAACAGGUCUUCUAGAUCUCCCCAGUCAGUUGAUCGUUCUUCUUCAUCCCCUCGAGGCUCACCUCGGAACAGUCGGUCAUUUUCAAAUUCUAGAAGUUACUCGGGAUCACCAGAAGCACGACGAGAAUCAAUUUCUUCUGAAAGGGUGUACCGCUCGCCGAGGAAAAGGUCUAUUUCACCUCGUCGGAGGUACCCAUUGAGGGGCUCUCGUUCUCCUGCAAGGAGGAUAUCAUUGUAUUCUAGACAAAGGUCUAGAUCAUCUUCACGUCGAAGAUCACCAUCUCCAGUGCGCCACAGAAUGCGAUCUCCAUAUCGACGCAGAUCACCUUCACCAAUUCGUCGUAGAUCGCCUUCACCAGUUCGGCGUCGUAGGUCGCCUUCACCAAUUCAGCGUCGUAGGUCGCCUUCACCUGUUCGGCGUCGUAGGUCCCCAUCACCCAUUUGGCACCGUAGGUCCCCUCCAAUUCGGCGGCGUAGAUCUCCUUCAACGUCUCGACGCCGAAGAUCACCUUCACCCCUCCAACGCAGGUCACCCUCACCUGUCCGGCGUAGAUCUCCCUUGCUUGUACGAAGGAGAUCUCCCUCUCCUGUACAACAUAGAUCUCCCUCUACUAUUCGAAGAAGAUCUCCUUCUCCAGUGCAGCGUAGAUCUCCCAAUCCCGUGCAGCGGCGUAGAUCUCCCUCACCGGUGCGACGUAGAUCUCCCUCUCCUGUUCGGCGCAGAUCACCCCCUCCACAUCGUAGAUCACCCUCCCCUUUACGUCGGAGGUAUGAAAGAUCUCCAUCAACUCCCCACCGUUCCUUUCUAUCUCCAAGACGUAGGUCUCCAGCUCCUGCUCGCAUGAGAUCACCAGUUUCUUCCUUUAGGAGGUCUCCUUCACCUUAUGGAUCAAGUUCCCCUUCUCUUGACUUUCAUAAGAGUCCUUCUCCUAUAAGGAGAUCUUUGAAGGAAUAUAGAAAGUCGACUGUGCACUCUCCCGAGGAAAGGGUUAGUAUGCAGAAAAAGAUGCUGCACCAAUCCUCUAGUUCUUUGAGGUCUCCACAAAGAGAUGCAAAGGAUUGGAAGAAUUUGCGUGGUAAAUUCUCAUCCUUGUCGCCUUCGCCAGAGCGAUCUCAUGUUCAGUCAAAAUCUCCUCCACUCAUAAGAGCUAAGGAUUCUAGCGUGGAGAGAAGGUCGGCUAGUCCAUAUGAGAGUCCUCUGAGGCAAAGAAGAGGUAGAAGAAAUAGAUCUUCUGGUUCAUCUGGGAGCCCUGUGAGGCAAAGCAGGGGGAAGAUUGCACAUGACGACAGCUUAAGCCCUCAACAGAAGUCAAGAGAGCAGAAGCCUCGUCAUGAAACUCCAGAAUCUGGCAAACAGGAUGAAGAUACUGAUCAUGCUCGCAGGGAUUAUAAAUCCAGAUCUUCACAUAAACAAUCUAUGCAUUCAUCUAUACUCAGUAAGCAGAAAGAUUCUCCUGUGAAGGUCCAACACCAGGAUGAUCACCCUACUGAAAGAGUGGCAGGCCAUCAGACUACUGAUUCUCGCAGUCGUAUUGAUAACAUGGAAUCAAGGAAGAGAGACCAGGAGACAAAGAGUGAGAAGGGUUCUCAGAAGAGGGUUUACUCUGGAACUCCUGAUGGGAACACGUCUCCAAAGUCACCAGGGGAGAGGCAACAAGUAACUUAUACUGGAAAAGUUCAAACGUCCGAUGAGAGGGAUCGUUCACAUUCAAACAAUAUUAAGGAUGAUAGAUCACGCAGAUCAGAAACUAAGAAAAUAUUGGUUGAAAAAAUAGAUCGCAGAAAUGGUGGUGGAUUUGAUUCUGGGUCUGACGAAAGUGGCAAGCGCAGAAUUGAGAAUAAGGAAAAGCGAAAGCAUAAAAGAUCACAUAGGGAAGAAGUUGCAUCAGAUGAUGGUUACAGCUCUGAUUCUGAAAUUGAAGAUAAGAAAGAGGCUAAGAGGAGGAGGAAGGAAGAAAAAAAACUGCGGAAGGAGGAAAAACGCCGACGGCGUGAGGAGCGACGUCGCAGAAGGGAAGAAAGACGUGCAGAGAAGCUGAAAUCGAAGAAUCUAAAGGAUGCUAAUUCUUCUGAGGAUGAACAUGCAGGGAGGAGAGACUCUUAUCCAAGUGAUGGUGAAGAUACACAGUCAGAGCAGAAGAAACUUGAAAUUGAGUUGAGGAAGAAGGCUCUUGAAUCACUUAAAGCAAAAAAGGGCAUUAAUCACUAAAUUAUUGUUGUGUUGAACAUUAUCAUUUUAUUUUUGUUAAGUUCUUUAGAUACUUGCUAGGAGCUUUUGUUUUGAGUUUGGUAACAAUUUAAUGUAGUCCGUCUUUACUGCUGGCAGCUGAAAUGGAUAAAUGAGGAUUUCCUGAGCUA